AUGCCAGCUACACGCAAGGUCGGCCCUCGCAAGCGCGCUCAGUCAUCCUCUGAAGACUCAGAGCCCGAAUCCCUUCACAGCGACGCGCUCGACGACCUGCCACCCAAGAAACGCACGCGUUCUUCCAAUCCCAAUUCCAAGUCAAGCUCACCUUCGAAGCCCAAGCCCAAGCCCAAGCCCAGGAAACGCAAAGCAAAGGAGGAGGACGUCAAGGAUGAAGAGGAUGUAGAUGGGAGUGAUUUAGACCUGAAGGAGGGGCAGCAAAUCGUGGGUCGCGUCGUGCAAGCUCCAAAGACAGGCUGGGUCCCUCCUGGCCAGGUUUCACAGAACACGCUUGAUUUUCUAUUGCAACUCAAGGACCCUGCGUGUAAUGACCGCGAAUGGUUCAAGCUACACGAACCUGUGUAUCGUCGCGUAGAAAAAGAGUUCAAGGGCUUCAUCGAGGAGUUCACCAAUAUGCUCACAGAAGUCGACACCCAGAUCCCCCCGUUGCCCCCUAAAGACGUCAUCCACCGUAUAUAUAGAGAUAUCCGCUUCAGCAACGAUAAAACACCGUACAAGAAGGGAUUGUCUGCGAGCUUUUCGAGGAGUGGCAGGAAGGGAAUCUUUGCUUUUUACCACGUGUACGCACCUCUUAGCACCAAAGCCAGAUCAACUGACUGGCCGGGUGACGAGAGCGUCAUUGCUGCAGGUGCAUGGUGUCCUGCUAAGAACGAACUUGCGACUCUUAGAAAUCACCUACUUCACUCCACACCCGUCGCUAAGACCCUGCACACGAUCCUUUCUUCUGAGACAUUCACUACCCAUUUCGGCCCUCCCCAUCCACACCCGCACGGAGAACGUCAGAGUGUUUUUGGGCAUGAAGAUCAAUUAAAGGUCGCACCAAAGGGCGUGGAUAAGAAUCACAAAGAUAUCGCCCUCCUCAAAUGCCGCUCCCUCGCUGUUUCCUGCCGGUUCACGGAUGACCAAGUCAUUGCGCCUGGAUCCGAGUUUAUGGAUACACUACGCGGUGUUGCUGAUGUGAUGAUGCCAUUCGUCCAUUGUUUGAAUGAUAUGAUGACGCUUCCUGCGGACGAAGAUUCGGAUGAAGAGAACGAGGAAGAUGAUACUGGGGGUCCGGUGGAAGAUGAGAGUGAUGGUAUAGUUGAGUGAGGAACGGGAAGCCUACUAAAGCUGAGCUGGCCAUUUCUUAUAUUGCUGGUGUUAAUUCUUUCGGAUAUCUUACUGUCAUCUAUUUCUCCCCUUAUACAAAGUAACCUGUUAUCUAUUGUAAUAACAUGGCGCUAUGGAGGUGGACCAAUAUCUAUUUACAGGACACUGAUAUAAGCUGAAGAUCACGCCCCCCACUUCGAGUCUUCGACAACCCCUACUUGCACUCUUCGAGGCUCGAACGUUCCAUGGCCGCUCUAGAAGCUUGG